AUGGUUAAUGACAUAGAGCUUAAUAGCAUACAAACAGUCUCGGGAACGGCUCAUGAGCCGACUCAGGACGCGUUGCUAGAUUCCUUCAAUCUUUCCAGUCCCGUUGAGGACGAUACUCGCCUUCAACAAGAGGAUUCCUCAACGCAGGCAUCCCAAGCUUUUACGACCAGCAUCGAAAACCGGCUUGCUCCCGCUGAACCCGCCGAAUCCAACGCUUCCACUCUCACUACAGUCAAGAACCACGUCCGCUACAUGCUUACGAAUGCGCCUCUUCUUCGCUUUGUUGUUCCGCAAAAUCGCUACAACUCGGUGCGAACGUCCGCGCCGUCUGUUGGUCCUGGCCAGGACGGGGUGUUCAGCAACCUUUCAGCCAAGCCGAGCGUGCAAACCGGGAACGAGCCGUCGUACCAACUGCCGUCUUACGACGAGGCCUCGCAGGACCCUACCCCUCCGUAUUGGGAGGCGUCCAUUAUGGCAGGCUUUGACGACGAGAUCUUUGUUGACGGUCUGCCGGUUGGCAACAUCAUCAAUUUCCUGUGGAACAUGAUGGUGAGCGUGGCGUUCCAGUUCGUCGGCUUUGUUAUUACUUAUUUGUUACACACGUCUCAUGCUGCUAAAAAUGGAUCCCAGGCAGGUUUGGGAAUAACUUUGAUCAGCUUCGGAUACAGCUCGAUUCCGAUCUCUUAUGGAAGCAACGCGCAACACGAAGAACAGAGAUUGGAGCCUGUUUCACCAAACAUCAUCGAUAUAGACUCGUCCAACGCGCUGGACGGAGACUUGGACAAAUUCACUUCGAAAUUGCCGCUUUUAGAAACGUCCGAGGUUGAGGACCCGACCUACUGGAACACUACGCCUGUCUUCUCGUACGCUUUGAUUGCAUUAGGAAUCUUUCUAAUUGUCAAAGCUCUAAUCAGCUUUUCCAGAGCGAGAAGAGCAGAAAAAGCGAUUUUACAGCCACAACUUGUCGUCUAA